AUGCCGCUGACGGGCGACGCGGUGACGCAGUUCCUGAAGGUGGUGGACAGGAUCGAGGAACUAGGGCUGCCGGGCCCGGGGCGGCGCGCGGACGCGAUGCGGGCGGCGUACUCCGAGGCCGCGGCCCUGAACGAGGCGCAGGACCCCGACAGCCGCCUGGGCAUAGGCAUCAAGCUGCUGCUGGUCGGCCUCACGGGCACCGGCAAGAGCGAGCUCGCCAACACGCUGCUGGAGCGGCCCGCGAUCAGGACCAACGCGUUCAGGGAAGCCACCAAGAAGAUCCGCGUGGUCAAGGGUGACGUGCGCGGCAUCGGCCUCACCAUCAUCGACACCCCCGGGCUCCACGCGUCCAGCGACAUGGCUCUGAGCAACAGGGGCAUCCUGAGGUCGAUUGGGCGCGCUUACAAGAAGCACAAGCCGGACUUCGUGAUCUACGUCGACAGGCUGGAUGCCGCCAAGGCGUCCUUUGGCGAGCUGUCCACGCUGACUCAGCUGGGGGAGGUCCUGGGCAAGGGCGUGUGGCGCAACCUCAUGGUGGUGCUGACUCACGCCAACGCAGCGCGGGAGCAGAUGGGCGCGGAGUACGCGCAGACUAUGAAGCAACGGCGCAACAUCCUGGGCAACAUCAUGCGCCAGGUGUCUGGGGAGAUGCAGCUCAAGACGCCCUCGUUCCUGGCGGACUGCCACCCAGGGGGACCCAGGAACGCCGCGGGCCAGCCCGUGGUCUGGGACGUCCCCGGCGCCAUGGCCGCCGCGCUGGCGCCCACCCCCUGGCGCGAGCAGCUGCUCAUGCAGCUGCUGGGCUACGCGGCGUACCACCGAGCCCAGGACGCCGCCGCGGCCGCGACCUCCAAGCCGAAGGCCAAGCCGGCGGCGGCGGCGCAGACGCAGCAGCAGCAGGCGCGCGGGGCGGCGGCGGGCAGGGCGGACUCGCGGCCCCUCUCGACGCCUCCGCCGCCGAACGGCAGAUGCACCUGCCUUAUUGGACCCUCACCACCGCCGCGGCCUAUGAUGGCCCGCAUGCGGCGCUCCCGCAUGCCCCCCACGAGCUACUUUGUCGAGCAGAUGGUGGAGGGCGUGCUCAAGCCCGACACGUACGCCACAGUGGAGGACCCCUUCGACAGGGAGACUGAUGACGAGGAGGCGGAGGAGUUCAACACGCAGUACUACCAGCUCAUGAGGGGCUGGGCCAGGCAGGGCGACCCCACCGCGCAGAAGGAGUACGCGGCGUGGCUGCGCAAGCUGUCACGCGCGAAGCGCGCCUACGCGGAGGCCUACCGCAACGAGGACAACGAGACACUGGCCGCAUACGGCUACGAGGGCUAUGUGGCGGAGGGCCUGGACCUGGGGCCGACCUUCGACCCCGAGGACGUCACCGACCACAGGUACCAGUACGUGGUGACCGACACCGACGUCGCCAUCAUGCCCACCCUGGAUUACUACGGGUGA